CAGUGCCACUAUACAUAGUUGCUUUAAUGUAUUCUCUGUAGUCAAUGGCAACAGCUAAAGUCACUUCGCAGCAGCAUUUCUGCCACACAAACAUGGCAGGCGCAGGGGAUGUACAAGCACAGUGAAGUACUGUUUGAAUAUGUGCAGUCACCUGGAGAUGACCAGGAGUAUCUAGAAGUGCUACGGAGUCUUCUCCUGGGCUUGGGGGACAGGAUACACUCUCUACUGACUAGUCCAGGCUGUGGCUGUCCCAUAGUGACAGACACACAGUCACAGACAGACAGCGGUCUCUGAGGGAGGGGUACAGCCCGGCUAACAGGCGAGCUGAACACAGUCUCACUUCAGGGCAGAACAAGUGAGCUGAGCACACACUUACACACUAUCUAUUUGAGUCUGUUAACUGUGUGUUAGUGCCACAUUCUUGUCUCCUUCUCCACAGAAGUAGAAAAGAGACAGAAGAGACAGAAAAGAGUACAGUAACAUCUUCUACAUGGAAAAGGGUAGUGGAUAUUUCUUACAGUUCAGAUGAUUUGUUAACAAGCAUCAUGCCAGUGCCCCAAACUUUCCUCCAUACCCUGGUGUCUCCCCUUACAGUUUUGAAACUGCAGUAAAAGUGCAGUAACUGCAGUCAACUUUAUUUUGGACGCAGUAAUUGCAGAAUAAAAAACUGUUAUUUUGGACACAGCAUACUGCAGUUAUACUGAUCUCUGACUGCAAUAUUUUUUCGUACGGUCAGAGUUCUGGCAUAGGUCUUAAAAAGGGUUGAGAGAGAAUACGUUUCUGGUCCACUUGAAUUGAGGCCUUGUAUCAUAAAGGUAGUUGUGUCAAGCCACUGAAGGGUGCCAUUAUAUCAGAGGCCAGGUUGAUGGAGGGACUGCAGUCAAAACGACAAACACAGAAAGCUCUGUCAGCACGGCCACUCCUCAGACGGACGUACUCGUACUCCGAGCCCCAGCUGUACAGCCAGAACAGUGGAGGGAGCUACUUUGACACGCAGGGCAGCUCAUCCCAGGUGUCCACGGUGGUGUCAUCCCAUGGCAUGGCCAACAACGGAGGGGGGAACGGGGGGCUGACCAUGGGUCUGGCUGGGGGGCAGAUCAUCAGCAGCUCUGGGGCCUACCUCAUCGGGGGCAACACCAUGGAUAACUCUGCCCCCCACCCAGCAGCCCAGACCACCCGAGCCUCCCCAGCCACUGUGAGUAUUGAAAUGGCAAUUGAGACGCUCCAAAAGACUGAAGGUUUAUCCAGUCAGAGAAGCUCGCUGCUCAACAGCCAUCUGCAGUGGCUACUGGAUAACUAUGAGACAGCGGAGGGGGUGAGUCUGCCUCGCUCCACCCUCUACAACCACUACCUGCGCCACUGCCAGGAGCAGAAGUUGGACCCGGUCAACGCUGCUUCCUUUGGGAAACUCAUCCGCUCCAUCUUCAUGGGGCUCCGCACGCGACGCCUGGGCACACGAGGGAACUCGAAGUACCACUACUAUGGGAUCCGGUUGAAGCCGGACUCUCCUCUCAACAGACUGCAGGAGGACAUGCAGUACAUGGCCCUCAGACAGCAGCCUGUCCAACAGAAACAGAGAUUUAAGCCGAUGCAGAAGGUUGAUGGUGUAUCUGGGGAGAACUUCUCAGGCGGAGGCCAGCACACCCCCAGUGCAGCGGAGCAGACUGUCAUCGCACAGAGCCAGCACCACCAGCAGUACCUGGACACAUCGCGGGCGCUGCCAGACUUUGUGGAGCUGGACCUGGGAGAGACCAAUGUGGACAACGUCGGCCCAGAUGACAUCAAAGCUCUUCAGUCACUCUACAGAGAGCACUGUGAGGCCAUUCUGGAUGUGGUGGUGAACCUCCAAUUCAGUCUAAUAGAGAAGCUGUGGCAGACUUUCUGGCGUUAUUCUCCUUCUGACUCAGUGGAGGGCGCCACCAUCACAGAAAACAGUGGUGUGAGUGAGAUUGAGGGCCGUCUGCCCUGCUGCAGACUGCUGGUGCUCUGUAGGAACGAGGCUGUGCUCAAGUGGAUGAGUUCCUGUGACCACCUGAUGUACCAGGCCCUAGUGGAGAUCCUCAUCCCUGAUGUCCUCAGACCCAUCCCCAGUGCCUUGACUCAAGCCAUCCGCAACUUUGCCAAAAGCCUGGAAGGCUGGCUCAACAAUGCCAUGAACACCAUUCCACAGAGAAUGAUCCAGACCAAGGUUGCCGCUGUUAGUGCCUUUGCUCAGACGCUGCGUCGCUACACUAGUCUGAACCACCUGGCCCAGGCAGCACGCGCUGUGCUGCAGAACACCUCUCAGAUCAAUCAGAUGCUCAGCGACCUCAACCGCGUCGACUUCGCCAACGUGCAGGAGCAGGCGUCGUGGGUGUGUCAGUGUGAGGAGGGUGUGGUUCAGAGGUUAGAGCAGGACUUCAAGGCCACACUGCAGCAGCAGAGCUCUCUGGAGCAGUGGGCUGCCUGGCUGGACAACGUGGUCACCCAGGUCCUACAGCCCUUCGAGGACCGGCCCAGCUUCCCCAGGGCGGCACGACAGUUCCUGCUUAAGUGGUCCUUCUACAGCUCCAUGGUGAUUCGGGACCUGACCCUGCGGAGCGCGGCCAGUUUCGGCUCGUUCCACCUGAUCCGCCUGCUCUACGACGAGUACAUGUUCUACCUGGUGGAACACCGCGUCGCCCAGGCAACCGGCCAGACACCCAUCAGUGUCAUGGGAGAAUUCGAUGACCUCAACGCCAUGUCACCUACUAACAUAGACAAAGACGAGGUGAGUGAGAUGGACAGUGACCUGGAGGAGGACAUGGAAGAGUCUGGGGAGCCGCUGGCCAAGCGGGAGAAGGCUGAGGUGGAACAUGAGCACCAGGUGAUCCAGGUGAUUCAGGUGGGGGCUCUGGAGGACGGCAGUAACCCCGUGGUGGGGGUGCUCCAGCCAGGCAUCCUGCACUCCCUGCCCCAGCCCCCCCAGAACCAUGCUGAGCACAUCCUCACCUCCUCCGCCGCCACCACCACCAUCCGCCACUGCAGUGCCACCGGCAACACCUACGCCUCCGUCUGAGAGGGAGAUGACCCCCCCCCCCCCGGGCAACCUCUCUUCUCUCUAUCUCUCUAUCUGUCUCGCUGUCACACACGUCUGCACUGUCCCCUCUGUCGUACGCUGUGUUUUCUCUGCACUCGUCUAGACACACUCCUCCCCCCUCCACCCUGACCAGUAGGGGAGCGUGAAAAACAUCACGACCACAGCUGGCGUCACACAAACACUGGAUGGAUGAGGGAUGAGUAGAGCUAGAUGGGAAUGUGGAUCUGCUGGGGACGGGCUGUCUCUGUCUGUCAUGUGGCUGUCCUCUGGGUCAGGGAGGGGGAUUGGGGGGGGUGUACAGGCGUGAGACACUGGCUGACCCUACUGUAGCUGUGUAGAAGGGAAGGUCUCCUUACUUAGAGAUUCACAUAUUUCCUGAUGUUUAAAAGCUCAAAUCCAAGCCACCAGCCCCAGAAGAACAACGGCAUUGAUUGACAGAAAACACUUGGUUCUCUCUUAGAUUGGCUUGUUUAGUAUAUAUCUAAACAACCACACAGGUGCUAUUCUCUUACACUACCAGAUGUUCAGACAGAAUUCAGUUGAAUGACAUUUUUUUUAAAGUCAUGAAUCUUUCAAAGCUUUGUUGAGAUAUGACAUUUGGUGGAUUAUGAUCGCUUAUUGCUUGUAAUGUGUUGUUUGGCAUCCUAUGAUAUAUUGAAUAGUGUAUAAUUGUAGCCAUGAUCCCCUGAUAAGCACUAAUGGCUUUUAGCCAUGAAGUUAGUUCUGCCCAUGAAGGAAGACAUUCUGUUAUUUAUGCUGUUACUGUGUAGAGACAGAGAGACGAGGUUCGACAGACAAGCUGUAGUACACCACUUCUACAACACCGGCUUUUCUACGCACUUCAUGCAUAGUGUGGGGUGCGCUUGACUUAUGGCCUUGGUUUGGUUGGGUUUAUAUGCUCGAUAGUGUGACAAAAUUAUAUUAGUUGGACUUAUUAUCUACUGAUAUGUUCUUAGUACAGUAGGUGUGUUUUUUGUAGAUUUCUUGAGUUCUGAAUGGACCAAAAACCAACCAACCAGAGGAAACUGGCAGCCGAAAGAGAGCCAUCAUGGCCGCCACAGUUACCACGGCGAGGGUGCUGCGUGUUCUGUUUCCUGUCCCAACAGUGCCGUGUUGCAGAGCAGAGUGAAUGUCAGGGAUUCUAUGUACCUCGGCUUCAUCGUAGUGCCUUAAUAACCCUUACUGCAGCUGUCCAUGUAGUCCUGACUGAUUGUGUGGUUGAGGGAAAGGAUAGCACACACACACACACACAGACACACACACACACACACACACACACACACACACAGACACACACACACACACACACACACACACACACACAGACACACACACAGCUCCUCUGCGUUACUGUCCCAGCCACAACUUUGUCUCUGGUGACUUGUGGCUGGAUUUGGGCUGGCUCAUCAGUGUUACUGCAGGGCUGGAGAGAUGCAGGUUCAGAGGUGCUUGUUGAGUUCUCUAUGCUGGUUCUAUGAAAUGUUUUGUUUGUUUGUUCGUACCUGCUCUCACUCUUUCCACACUCAAGGCCUGCUCCUGCUUUGGCCUCUGCUAUUGGGUGAAGUGUGUGUGCAUGUGCAGAUGGGAGGACUUGAUUGAGUUGUUGAUUGUGUGUGUAUGAAUGAGUCUGAACAUGUGUUUGAGCACACCCACUAGUCACCCUACCUCACACCAGCGUUGCCAGCCCUUUGACACGUACAGCACAGUCACCAAACUUGUUCUGACCUACUCAUAACCGUAUUACUCCUUCAACACUGCACACUAACAUUAUACAUGCCUCUUACACCACACACAACUAAAAUACACACUCAUUUCAGCCCCUUCUGUUCUUAGUCCACAACGUCAUCACCCCUUAUUCUAUCCGUUCUAAAGUGCAUAUUUGUAUAGCGGACCAAAAGUAGAUAUUUUCUGAUAUUUAAAGAUAUAUAUAUAUAAGGAUGAUACAAUGUAUUGAUUUUGUUUGUUUUCAUGUGUUUGAUCUGAUUGUCAUCUGUGAUUGUUUCUUUUGUAGCUCUUCUGUGAUUGGUUGAUUGACUGUGAAAUGGGUGGGGGCAUGGGGACCAGCUUCUCUGAUGACACUGGAUACACAUUUUGUACUUGAACUGUUAUUGAUAGCUUUUAGGAAAUGGAGAACACACAGGAAAAAUGUGUUGAACUGGAAGAAUCUUGUUGUUGAUACUACUGAAGUUACCUUUCUGUUUUUUAACUCUCAUCUGGAGAACUGUCUGCACCAAUGCUUUGCCUCGACUUAAUUUAUUAGUAUUCAUAGUGCUUUUGUUUUACUAUUUGAGAAAUUAUUCUUAAGUUAUGCACAUGUAUCCAUGCUUAAACCAGUCUUGAAAAUGGAAUUAUAACUUCUGAAGAAUUUACUACUGAGAAACAAAAUGUACCUGCAAAACUGGAAUUAUGUUUUCAGUGGAAGUGGAUUUAUUUGAUAAAUUACAUUUUCUUUACAGGUAUAUGAGAAAGGACAAGUAGAAUUAUAUUGCCUUUCAUUCGUUUUCACGGAAGAUAAAGUGCAUUCACUUUAAACUGAAGGUUAUCGACCUUGCUUACAGGUAAUUGAAGGCCUUUGGGCAUUUGUUUACAUGCCAAACUCUGACCUCACAGAAAUUACAAGAUCUUUCUUAAUGACUGUACUGUCACCCAACAUGCCGUUAGAUAUGGCUCUUGGACUUUGACCUUUUUGUCAUGAAAAUACUGAAGAUGUUAAGAUUAAAUGUGUAUUCAUUUGUGCCUGGAGUGCAAACGGCUUACAGAUGUGCUUUAGAAUCUUGAAAGUGCUUUUUUUUGGUCUUGCAUGCCUUUUUUUGUGCUGCUAGAAUCUGUUGGUUUAUCUAAUUAGUUAAUUUUUUUUAUAUGUGCCAGACAGUAAAUGCUGUAUUCACUCUGUAACCUCAUCAAACCUGCCUGUUUUAACAUCAGUUGUGUUUUAUUCAUAGUUGACCAUUCACAAAAAGUCGUACAUUUAUAUUUGUUUAAGAUUGAAAAUAUUAGGGCCUUCCCCUUUUGGUUCCUUGAUAAUUGAGCCCAUUUCCAACGUAAAAGGUUAGAUCCAGCAACUACAACAAAAAACUGAAAAGGAAAAAAUCUGGACAUCCUGCAAAACAUAUCAGCUACUCUCAAACUAUGUCAGUUGGGAGGGGUGAGAAUACGGCUGCAUCACUGAUCCACAAGAGACCCAGUGCCUUUGAUUUUGCCCAGGCAAGGGGGGCCUACGUCUCUGGUCUGACUCCAUGGUUCCAGAUACAGGCUCUUUAGACAGACGUUCUAUGAUAGUGAGGUGAAAAUGGCUGCUCACGGUGAGAGGAGGAUAUGGGCCUGAGGGAUCGUACACUUCUACCCUUGAUCCUGAUCUCAUCCAAACUAUGACUACUGGUCAACUGUUACUGACCAAUGACCACACAGGACAGUUUACAAUGGAUGGAGCUUGCUCCAGAUAUUUGCUGUUGGACUGAGCAUUAGGAGAGAACUACUAUUGUAUAGAUUUACUGUAUCACUAAACUAACAAAGAUUGGAGUAUAACUGGACUGGGAUAUUUGCCAAUAGCAACACUACUAUCACUUUCAUUGUUGUCACGAUCAUUUCCUUUCGUUGUAUGAUAUUCACUGAUUGCUGUAUGUUUGCUUUAUUCAGUAUGAUUUGGAAUAUUUUCCUGAUCUAUUUUAAGUGCCAUUUGACAGUCUAGUGAGUUGUGGCCCGCUGUAGCACGCUCUAAUGCAAGCACACGCAUUUGGCAGUGGAUUUAUGGGGAAACCUUUUAGUUGAAAACUCCCCAGAUGUAACCAAGAUGUAAAUAUAGACAACAUGGGAAGAAAGGAUAUUUAUUUACUGUCUCCUUAAAUAUUUGUUUUGUUCUUUUUGGAUGAGUUUUAUUUCAGCCAAAAAAACAUUGAUUUCUCUUUUUCCUCAUUUUGGAUAAUGUAUUGUAUUCAUAUACAGGUAGCUGCCACGAUAAUGUUAACACUUCAGUAAAUGAGGGAUACAAAGUAGGUGGUUCUACAACAAAGGUGUGGUUCUUGAAUUAAUUAAAAUUAAGCAAUGAACAUCCCA